AUGGGGUCAGACCGUCUCCAUGGUGGCCGAGGCCUGCACCAUCGCGGUGGCCUUGGCACCCAUAGGGUCACGGUACGGCCCGGUCACUUGUGGUACCACCCAGGAAUCGUCCCUAUCCCCGCUUCUGCCCUCCUCUAUAUAGCCGAACUACUACUGCAGGGCCCCGGAGACGAUCGAGGUGAUGCACGUCACCCGACGGGGCGAGAUCCACGGACCUGUGGUGGUCCACGACGUCCUUACCAUUCACCCGAUCACCACAGCAGAGAGGGCAGGCUAUCAGCCAGCCUCUACGGUGGCUUGGUGUCCACUUCGACAGGAAGAUGCGUCUAG